AACCACUUAAGUGGCAUGUCAGUCAAAUUAAAGGUGGUAACACCAGUGAAGCUAAAGAUGGUAAACCGAUUCAAAUAUCUCCACUGUUACACUUAGUAGAUGGGUUUACUUGUGUGGAAUUUGACGAAUCUGGUGAAUACCUAGCGGCUGGGGAUAAGUCAGGUCGUAUUUACGUUUUUAAUGCGUCUGGCCAGAAGAACCCGGUUUAUAACAUCUUUUGUGCAUUCACAAGUCAUGAGCCAGAGUUUGAUUACCUAAAAUCCUUGGAAAUUGAGGAAAAAAUCAAUGCUAUAUGUUGGCUUCCUCCUGUCAACAACUCACUGCACUUGCUUUCUACUAACGACAAAGUCAUAAAGAUGUGGCGCAUGUCGGAACAGACUCCGUCUGCCUAUAAUUUUAAUUUUCGUUCCGACGAUCUCGAGAGCGAAAGCAGCGGUGAAAGCGACAAUUUGUCGGGAGCUUCACUCACCGGGAAAGUUACAGAGGCUGGUGAAGCCACAUGUCAUAGAAACUUCAACAAUGUUACAGGCGAAAGUGGAGAUCAUCAAACCAUCAGGCAUCCAUCUUCGGCCUCCCUAAGGAUUCCUCGAUACAGAAAGGCAAAAAAUCUUACCAUAGAAGUUCGACCUCGCAAGGUGUACGCCAAUGCCCAUACCUAUCACAUUAACGCCAUUUCCGUGAACUCUGAUCAGGAGACAUUUUUAUCAGCAGACGAUCUUCGUAUUAAUCUGUGGCACCUGGACAUAUCCAAUCGGUCGUUCACUAUUGUCGAUCUAAAACCAGAGAACAUGGAGGAGUUGACUGAGGUGAUUACCUGUUCUCGAUUCCACCCGGAGCUCUGCAACAUGUUCGGCUACUCUACCAGUCGUGGUGUUGUUCGCCUUUGCGACAUGCGUGUUAGGGCUCUUUGUGAUAAUUACGUUCUUGUACUGGAUGAUCCGACAUUGUCCCAGAAUCGCGGAUUCUUUGGAGACAUUAUAUCUAGUCUUUCUGAUUUCCGGUUUGACCAUUCAGGGAAUUAUAUACUUGCGAGGGACUACCUCAUCUGGGACAUCCGAAAAGGCGACCAGCCCUGCGAAACGUACUCCGUGCACGAACCACUGCGAUCUCAGCUCUGCAUGCUCUACGAGACCGACGCUAUUUUCGAUAAAUUUCUCUGCUCCUGGUCCGAUGAUGAUCGCUACGUGUUCACGGGCUCCUACGGCAACGUGUUUCGCGUAUUCGAUCGCCUCGAGGGCGUCGAUUGGGCGUAUGAUCUAGGCGAGCCGGGUGUGCGACCAGCUCUGCCAUCAGCCACGUACUCGGCCUCGCUCGCCGCCACCAACGCCCCGCAACAAAGCAACAUCCCUCCUUCCCUGAGUCUUCGCCCCUACCGUGUCCGCCUCCAGCCGAAGCGUUUCAUAGCUCCCGACUCUGAGUUGGGUGCACGAUUUCACAUCCAGUCGGUGUGCUUGGCGCACGCCGCGUCCAUCGACGCCCUCGCCUCCCCAAACAACUCGUCGACUACGUCCGUACCCGUUCCAGCUGGGUCGAAGCGCCGCAAGCAGAUCCUUCUUCCCUCCCUCCCUAUAACUCGUCGCCAAGAUGAGGAGGAUGAGGGCGAGGACGUGGAUGAUAGCGAUGCGAGUGAUGAAGACGGAGGAUUUCGGGUCGCCGACCUUAAUGGCAAAUCCAACUCGGCUACAGGUCUAACCGGCCUUCGGGAACUGGACUACAAGCGGAAGUUUUUGCAAGUCGCUUGGCACCCACAACGCCGAGUGGUUGCUACUAUCUGUGCCAAUGAAGUAUUUAUUUGUCUCGGCAAGGAGGCUGGACCCCAGAUGUUUCCACAAACGGACGAAGAAGGAGACUUAGAAGGUGAAAGCACUGCGAAGACUGAAGCAACCCUUCUCAUCGGUAGCCCUCUUGACAUCAAAGCAGCGAAGAGAAGAAAGCGGAGACAGCGAGUUGCAGAUCAGACCGCUCCAUCGACAAUGUCCGGCUUCACGGAGUCAGCGACGCCUGUCACCUCCCAUUUGACCGCGGUCGUUGACGCAGUGGAAGAUCACAAGCCGGGGAAGGACUUGGUCGCCGCCGACACGAGCUCGGAUGCUUCCAAAAUGGAAUUUGAGUAG